AUGGUAACCAAACUUCAAGACUCCUCUGAUGCUGUAGAUCAAUAUAUUAGAGAACAUUCACUACGUUUAACAUCUGAACAAAAUGAAUUAAUUGAAUACACACAAUCACUACCAAGGGAUUUAUCAGAGAUGCUUGCUUCGAUUGAUGAAGCUCAAUUUUUUCAAGUCAUUAUUCAACUUAUGGGAUGUAAACGAUGCAUUGAAAUUGGAACAUUUACUGGCUAUACAACAUUAACAAUUGCAUUAACUCUUCCAUCAGAUGGUCAUAUAAUAACAUGCGAUAUUGAUGAUAAAUAUAUCCGGCAAGAUUUAUGGAAAAAAGCUGGUGUGAGUGAUAAAAUAACAUUAAAAAUUGGACCUGCUAUUGAAACAUUAAAAAAAUUACUUGAAGAGAAUGGUUAUGGAUCAUUUGAUUUUAUUUUUAUUGACGCUGAUAAAACAAAUUAUUUACAUUAUUAUCAAUUGGCUAUUGAAUUGGUUCGUUCAAAUGGUUUGAUUGCCAUUGAUAAUACACUUUGGUAUGGAAAAGUUGUUGAUCAAUCUGAUACAACUAAAGAAACAAUAGCUAUUCGCCAAAUAAAUGAUUUUAUAUGUAAUGAUCAACGUGUUGAUAUUAGUCUUUUACGUUUUGGCGAUGGAACAACAUUAUGCAGAAAAAAAUAG